AUGACCCAAUUUGAAACUCUAACUUUUGAAUCAAUCACUGUAGCUAAUGUUAACCACCAAAAUUUGAAGGCAGACGAAGUGUUUGCAGAGGUGGGCAUCCACCUAAAUCCAAAGCCCAAAGCAACAGUCAAGGCUUCCCUACAAACACACGCAAAGGCAUCACUGAAAGCCAAAGUCGAUACUGGUGCCCAAGGGAAUAUACUCCCCCUAAGAUUAUACCGGGCUAUGUACCCCUGCAAAAUUGAUCUGAAGGGCAACCCCAAGAAAGGAGCUACAAAACAUUCUAAUACUAUCCUCACAGCAUAUGGGGGAUCCAAGUUACACCACCAUGGCACCGUCACCAUUGAUUGCGAAUUCAAAGGCAAAAGAUCUGCUGCACAGUUCUAUGUCACAGACACACAAGGCCCUGCUAUCAUUGGCCUACCAACGUUGAUUGACCUCAACCUUGUGAAAUUCAAUUGUGCCAUACUCAAACAAGUGUUACACAGCAACACACUAUGGCCCACCACAAGAACCCCUGAGCAACCACCACUAACCACCAGAACCCCCGAACGACCACCAAUACCCAAACCAAUAAAGAGCAAAGAAGAUUUGAUAGAUCAAUACCCAAACUGUUUUAAUGGUAUAGGAAAAUUCGAAGGAGAAUACCACAUAACCACCGACCCAUCAGUCCCACCUGUUAUCCACCCUCCGCGACGAGUUCCAAUCAGUCUGAAAGAUGACAUUAAGAAAGAACUAGACGAGAUGGUUGCAAAUGGUAUCAUAACUAAAAUAAACAAAGGAGAGCCCACAAGAUGGGUAAACAGUCUUGUCUACAAGAGGAAACAGAAUGGACGAUUGCGUUUAUGCCUAGACCCCAAAGACCUAAACACAGCUAUCUUAAGAGAACAUCACGCCAUUCCUACCUUGGAAGAAAUUUUACCAAAAUUACACAAAGCAAAGUUCUUCUCAAUAGUCGAUGCAAAGUGUGGCUAUUGGAAUGUGGUACUUGAUGAAGAAUCAAGCUAUUUAGCUACCUUUAACUCCCCAUUUGGCAGGUACCGUUUCAAGCGUAUGCCCUUUGGGCUGAACAUGUCACAAGACAUCUUCCAAGCAAAGAUCGACCAAACAUUCGAAGGAUGUAGAGGCGUUGUGGGUAUCGCAGAUGAUAUUGUUAUCUCUGGCACAACAGAAGAAGAACACGACCAAAAUCUACGAAGCAUGAUGAGCCGGUGCCAAGACACAGGUCUGAGACUAAACCCUGACAAAUGCCACAUAAAGCAAGAGAAAAUAAAGUUUUAUGGGCUUAUCUGCGGUCCAGAAGGAAUUCAACCAGACCCUGACAAAGUGUCCGCCCUGAAGCAGAUGGCCCCACCGACCAACAGCAAAGAACUACAGACAUUCUUGGGUCUGGCCACCUAUAUGGCACCAUUCAUCCCGAAUCUCAGUCACCACACUGCCUCACUGCGACAGCUACUCAAGAAGGAGAGCAAGUUUGCCUGGGACGCAAGCCAACAGGAUGUGUUUGACAGGAUCAAGAAUUUAAUUUCUGAAGAGGUUACACUAACAUACUUCGACCCAGAGAAAGAGACAGUACUGCAAGUUGACGCAUCAACAAAAGGCCUGGGAGCUACACUCUUGCAAGAAGACAAGCCAGUCGCCUUUGCCAGUAAAGCUUUAACUGACGUAGAAUCACGAUACGCAAACAUCGAAAGAGAACUCUUAGCAGUUGUAUACGGAUGCGAGAAAUUCCACACUUAUCUCUACGGCCGCAGUUUUACAGUCCAAUCUGAUCAUAAACCCCUUGAAUCUAUCCACCUUAAGCACCUUACAUCAGCCCCACCCCGCCUGCAACGGAUGUUGUUGCGCCUACAGCCGUACAGCCUUACAAUCAAGUACCGUCAAGGAGCAGAUAUGGAAAUCGCAGAUGCCCUAUCAAGACUUUCGCCCCAGGAAACAGAGCCCAUCUCUGACAUGGACGUCCAAAUACACGAAAUCUGUCCACAAUUUAGUAGUGGGAUUCUGCAGGAGAUCCGCGUGGCAAGUGCAACAGAUACGGAGCUUAAAUAA